AUGCAAGCGCUCAAAAUAUUUAUGUUCCAACGACACCCACACAAACGUGGAUGGCCUGUCAAUGUUGUCCUCAACAUGGCUUUGUUUUCGUACGGCUGUUACGUCGCGGAAUGCGUCAUACGUACCUACGUGCAUGUAAUUCUGCGACAGCAAAUCGCCCUGCACUCGGCUGCCAGCCCCGCAACAUACGUUCGCGCCAUACAGGCUCUGCUGGUGACGUUUGAAGGUUAA